ACUACAAAAGACGUGUUGGCGGGGUAUCAACAAGAAAAAGGUCACUUAUUUUGGCAGAGGAGACGUCACAAAUAAUUUAUUUGAAAUCAAAAUGCCUAGAAUAGACAAUGAUAUCAAGCUUGACUUCAAAGACGUUCUCGUCAGACCUAAAAGAAGCACUCUGAAAAGCAGAUCAGAGAACCCACGACAGAGUUUAGUGACAUACGCCACAACAUCGGGACCACAAGGGGAUGUGGUGGACCUGUGUCGUACCUUCACCUUUCGGAACUCCGGCCAGACGUACAAUGGAAUCCCUGUUAUGGCAGCCAACAUGGACACAGUUGGAACUUUUGAAAUGGCCAAAAGCUUUGCCAGGAGCAAGUGUUUUGUGUGUAUACACAAGCAUUAUUCUGUAGAAGCGUGGAAAGAAUUUGUAGCAGAGAAUGAAGGCAUAUUGGAGCACGUGGCAGCCAGCACAGGAACAGGGGAAGGCGACCUGAAGAAACUUUGUGCCAUUGUCGAAGCCAUCCCCAAAUUGAAGUACAUCUGUGUAGACGUUGCUAAUGGCUACUCGGAACAUUUUGUCCAGUUUGUACGCGAUGUCAGGAAGACGUUUCCAUCCCAGACGAUAAUGGCUGGUAAUGUGGUUACUGGCGAGAUGGUGGAAGAACUGAUUUUAUCAGGAGCAGAUAUCAUUAAGGUUGGAAUAGGCCCGGGCAGUGUGUGCACCACUCGUAAGAAGACAGGGGUGGGGUACCCUCAGCUGAGUGCUGUUAUUGAGUGUGCUGAUGCUGCUCACGGACUCGGAGGACACAUCAUCUCAGAUGGAGGGUGCACAUGUCCUGGGGAUGUGGCUAAAGCCUUUGGAGCCGGUGCAGACUUUGUGAUGUUGGGUGGGAUGUUUGCCGGACACACCGAGUCGGGUGGAGAAAUGAUCGAGGAAAAUGGCAAAAAGUUCAAACUAUUUUAUGGAAUGAGCUCAGCCACUGCCAUGAAGAAACAUGCUGGGGGUGUAGCAGAAUACAGGGCGUCUGAGGGCAAGACUGUACAGAUAGAGUACAAGGGGGAUGUAGAUGUCACGCUGCAGGACAUUCUGGGUGGCUUGAGAUCAACGUGUACUUAUGUCGGGGCUGGCAAACUAAAGGAGCUGAGUCGGAGGACGACGUUCAUACGCGUAACCCAACAGCUGAAUGAAGUCUUCAGUGCGUUUACCAAGGAACAUUGACAAUCGUAAAAUCUGGGGAGAAGGGGCUUUCCAUUCCAGCAUUUUAGGAGGGACAUCUGUUGAUUACUAUUUGUUGUUGAUUAAUUUUACCUCGAUACUGCUUGAACUUGGUACAAUCAAAGGGAUUUAAAUAUAGGAUGGGUUUUAAAAAGGAUAUAUUUAAGUAUAGGUUUUAACAAGGAUAUUUUUUUUUCCAGUUUUCUUUGAUUUUUAUGAAAAGUGUGUUUGCCAGUGUACGUUUGUUACAGUCUUGCUAGUAUCUAGUCAUUUAUACAGAUUACAAAUUAAACAUGUGAAAGUGGUUAUCAAUCAUGGAAUAGAUGUGGAGAUGUUGUAAAUGACUGUUAAAGAAAUCCACACAGCAUUGUCUGUAAACUGUUUUCUUCAGGGCUGCAGGUUCACGCUGGACUUGGCAGUCUAUAAAUGUAUGAGAUGUUUUCACGCUGGACUUGGCAGUCUAUACAAGUCUGAGGUGUUUUCACGCUGGACUUGGCAGUCUAUACAAGCAUGAGGUGUUUUCACACUUGACUUGGCAGUCUAUACAAGUCUGAGGUGUUUUCACAUUUGACUUGGCAGUCUAUACAAGUCUGAGGUGUUUCCAUACUUUAAAUGCUACCAAGGUGGUUCCUGUGUUUUGUUUCUUUACGAAGGAUAGUUAUUCACAAAAUGCUGCACAGAAAAUAAAUGUCUCAUAGUAAAUAUGUAUAAUACCAAGGGCUGUUUGCAUGUAUUGCAGCGAGUGUUAUUAUUUUGGGUUUUCCUAUGUUGCUUGAUACACAUAUCUUGUUUGGUGUUUUGGCAGAAUAAUUGUUGCAGAUAGUCUAUAUUUUUGUUUGUGGACUUUUUAUUUUAAUUCUUGCAUAAUAUCAUCAAAGCUGUAUGGUCCUUAUUGUGCGAAAGAUACAUGUCUGUUCAGUUCUGAACUUUCCCAUAUUUGCUGACCUUGCCUUUUCAUCAGAAAGGAAAAGAAAUAAUGCUGUAAAUAAUAUUAUUUAUUGUGGGAUAUUAAACUUCAUAAAUGCACCAACUGUAAAUAUUUAAAAAAGUUUGUGAUUGAAGUUGGGAGAGAAAACGCGUUCAGCCCUGAUUGUUUUAUUUAGACUUCGUCACACACACUCAAAUAUUGAGAGAUGAAAUACGGCCUACAAAUCAAACAAAACCAACAAUGGGCACGUGGUUGUGAGAGCAUCAUAAUUAUGAUUUCUUCUAUUAUACUAUAAAGGUUUCAAAGUGUAUAUUUCGAGUAAAUAUUGGUUAUUAACGAUGUGCAGGGCAAUUUGGUCAUUCUUUGAAAAAUCUGUUGAGCUUUAAUUACAAUGAAAAACUACGCCAAAUGUGUGGAUCAUACAGCUUUAAGCAUGUACUGUACAUGUACCAGUGAAAUAGGAUUUUCCCCAUGUGCGAGGAUUGAUCAGGAAAAUGAUUUAGAUGUUGUUUCGAUGUGUCAUGUCCUGUUCAAUUUUCAUAAUAAAAAAUGAAACACCUGUGUA